AUGGCUGCGACGCCGGCGGACGCAAGCAGCAGCAGCAGCGAGGCCGUGGUGGGCGGCGAGAAGAGCAACAAGAUGAUCACGCUGAUCAGCUCCGACGGCGAGAGCUUCGAAGCCACGGAGGAGGCGGCGAAGAUGUCGGUGACCAUCAAGCACAUGAUCGAGGACGGCUGCGCCGACGACGGGAUCCCCCUCCCCAACGUCCCCGCCAAGAUCCUCUCCAUGGUCAUCGAGUACUGCAACAAGCACGCCGCCGACGCCGACGACACCAACAAGCACGUCGCCGACCCCGCCGACGCCGACGAGGACGACGACAAUAACAACAACAACGCCAGCGCCGGCGAGAAGGAGGACCUGAAGAGCUUCGACGCCAGCUUGGUCGCGGUCGACCAGGCCACGCUGUUCGACAUCAUCCUCGCCGCCAACUUUCUGAGCAUCAAGGGGCUCCUGGACCUCGCCUGCCAGAAGGUGGCCGACGACAUCAAGGACAAGUCGGUUGAGGAGGUGCGCGAGAUUUUCAAGAUCGAAAACGACUUCACCAAGGAAGAGGAGGAGGCCGUCAGAAAGGAAAACGCCUGGGCCUUCAACGAGUAG